UAACCGUAUUGCUAAGGCUAAAAGACAUUCACUAUCGGUGAAGAAUUGAUAUUGCCCUCCACUAAAGACAUUUGCUGUGAACUUCUAGGAGAGGCUGCUGUGGAAAAGAUAGCACAUGUGUUUUUGUCGGCUAGCACUGUAACUAGGCGCAUUGAGGAAAUAGCUGAAGACAUUGAGACACAAUUGUUGGAGAGGAUUAAUACAUCACCAUGGUAUGCACUCCAGGUUGACAAAUCUACAGAUAUCGACAACAAGGCAAUACUACUUGUUUAUGUGCGAUAUCUGUAUCAGGAGGAUGUGCAUGAGGAUUUGUUAUGUGCACUAUCUUUGCCAACCAACACCACAGGAGCAGACUCGUUCAAGUCACUGAAUGAUUAUAUAUCAAGACAACUAAAAUGGUCUUUUUGUGUCGGCAUAUGCACAGACAGAGCUGCUGUCAUGACCGGACGACUGUCUGGUUUAACUGCUCAGAUUAAGGAGGUUGCACCUGAGAGUGAAUCUACGCAUUGUAUCAUUCACAGGAAAAUGCUGGCAAGCUGAAAAAUGUCACUGGAAUUUAACAGCGUAUUGAUCGAUGUUGUUAAAGUUAUUAACCACAUCUAAGCACACACCCUUAACUCACACCUGUUUGGGCAGCUUUGUGAGGAGAUGGACACAGAGCACAGAUGCCUUCUCUUAUACACAGAAAUAAGAUGGUUAUCCAGAGGAAAAUCGCUAACCAGAGUGUUUAAAUUACAAGAGCCAUUGCAAAGAUUUCUAUCAGAAAAGAAGUCACCACUGGCACCACAUUUCAGUAACAAGGUAUGGGUUGCAAAACUGGCUUACCUGUGUGACAUAUUCAGACUGCUCAAUGAACUCAAUCUGACUCUUCAGGGGAAAAUGACAACUGUUUUCAAGUUGGCAUACAAAGUAGCUGCAUUUAAAGCCAAACUGGAGUUGUGGGGAUGGUGCAUGAACAGAGGCAUUUUGGACAUGUUUCAGACAUUAGUGGGGAUUUUAGGCGAGACUGAGCCAGAGCAUUCAUUCUCCCAAUUGGUGCACGAUCACCUGUCUUUGCUUUUAAAAGAGUAUGAGCGCUACUUCCCAACCACAAAAGACCCACGAACUGGUAAGGAAUGGAUCGGCGACCCAUGUGUCAACAAACCAGGCAAAUCUAGGAUGUCUGUGCAAGAAGAAGAUCAACUGCUGGAGAUUGAAAAUAAUAGCAGCCUUAAAACUACAUUCAAGACAACAAGUCUGCUGGUGUUCUGGAUUAAAGUCAUGGCAGAAUACCCUGAGAUUGCCAACAUAGCACUUAAAUCCCUAUUGCCAUUUCCGACAUCCUAUCUGUGUGAAGCGGGGUUUUCUGCAGUAACAGCAACCAAAACAAAAUAACAAAAUAAACUGGACAUAAACAACACACUUCCAGUGUCAUUGUCUCCUAUUACUCCCAGAUGGAACCAUCUCGUUGCAAAGAAAAGCUCAGGGUUCUCAUUGAUUUAGUGUUCUAGUGAGUUAAAAUGUUAAACCGCUUUAUAUUCAUUUUUUGGUGUAACUGUAUUUUAUUUUGAAGGCAUGUUUAAAUACAAUUAAAUUAAAAUUAUUAAAUCAAAACAAUCUAAAAUAUAAACAAUCAAUGCCCCCCUCAGCGGCCGUGGUAAUAUUAUCAAACAUUGGCCGGUCCAUGGCAAUAAAAACGUUGGGAACCACUGACUUACAUUACUAAACAACUAAUAUAAACUCUAGUAAUUACUAAAGGAUUCAGUAGAAAAAAAACCACCAAAAAUAUAUCACUACAAAUAUAAACUUA